CAAAGAUCAGAAGAUGGAAAGCGAAAACGGAUAGGUAUGAAAUUAAAAUUGAGAGCAAACAUCCUUUAUCGCAUCAUGAACGCGACGCCAUUGUGUUAGAACUGCAAUAUUCGCGACCCAGAACAGAUCAAGAAACCGCUAGAAGCACGAGUUCCUCUAAAAGGAAAGGCUCAAACGCCAUCGCUCGAUUCCCUCGCGACCUUCGAACAGGAAAAGAGAAAAAUGGACGAUCGGUGUCUGAUUAUGGCCUCCGAGACAACGUACCCUCCCUUAGUGAACCCGGUGGCCGUUGUGAGCCGGAAAUUCUGCAUGCCUAAUGUGGUCGAACUCGUCGUCGCGAGGAAACACGCCGCCAUCCCCGGAGGCGGUCUUUUGGUCACGGAUGUUAGUGGCAACAUCGUGUUCAGAGUUAAGGGUUCCUCCGUUAGCAUCCACGAACACCUCAUCUUGAACGAUGCCGCGAGCAAUGCCGUCGUCUCCCUCCAACAAAAGAUUUUGACUGCUCAUCGGAGAUGGCAAGCUUACAGCGGUGAUAGCUCGUGCCCCGACAACCUAAUAUUCAUGGCCAAGAAGUCGUCGCUAAUGCGAAUUCAUGGGACAGAGAUAGAUGUGUUCCUAGCAGCCAACACCAGAGAAGAUGCUUGCGACUUUAAGGUCAAAGGGAACUGGCUGGAACGAUCAUGCACCAUAUAUGCCGGACAUGGCACUAUAGUCAUUGCUCAAAUGCAUAAGGAUCACAAGGCGCAAAACAUUGCACUCGGAAAGGACACAUUCGGCAUAACGGUGUAUCCGAAUGUAGAUUAUGCUCUCAUUGUUGCCCUUGUGGUGAUCCUUGAAGAGAUUAAUGAAGACACGUUUGCUGGAAAGCACUCCUUUUCUUGUAGUCACCCUUAGCCUUUUUCCAUCUUCAUUUUAUCGAUCAGUUGCAAUUUGCAUUUCCUCAAUGAUAGAAUUCUUUCCACAAGCUUUAAACACUUAGCAGCUAUGUCGCAAAGCUGAAUGCGCCGCGUCAAUCAUGCAAGUGGCACAUCAAAUGCUUUUCUCCUGUGUAUUGGUGCAUCGACAAUAUUAGAUGCCCGGACGUUCAUAAGAUAUGCAGAUAUAUAGCAAGACAGAUCGAGGGGCAGAAGCUGAACCUUAAGCCAAGAGGGGACUCAAUAUGGCAUGGACUUGCAACACCCUAAAACCAUCUAUUUACACAAGCGUUGCCAUUGCAAGAGCAACUUCAAAUUACAAGACUUCCCGACGAUUUGAAGCAAUGUUUUUUUUUGCCGGAUGCAAGCAUUUUCGAGCAUGACGACCUAACAUCAGUCGCAUUUUUGUAUUUGUGGUUAAAAACAUCAGUCACACGUCACACAUGCACAAAAAAGAACCGGGACGAUCAGAUAAGUUGAACAUAACAUGCCCAUCUAACUUACCAGCGCAAUUAAUACUGAUUCAUAGAAGAAAAAUCGCAUUCUUAUGAAUGAUAUAUCAAGAUGCUAACCAGCAGA